AUGCUUAAGAGAUUCCCAACCCCCGUUUUAAAGCCAUACUGGCCCUUUUUCGUCGGUGGUGUGGUCAUGUACUGGGCUGUGGGCAAAGCUGCCAACGCCUCGGCACAAAGUGCUGAGUUCAUCAACGAUCCAAGAAACCCUCGUUUUGCCAGGGGUGAAAAGCCAGUUGAGUUGAAAUGA